AUGAAGAGAACGCUAGAAGUGCCAAGACGAAUGAUGUCUACUUUACAAAAAUUCCCGUUUGAAACCCGAAAUGGCGAGUAUUACUUGGCCCAACAUCCAAACGCUUUUUACCAGCAGAAACGGAAAGGUUUUCAAGGAUUGACGUUCGAAAACCAGCAAAAAAUGCCGUCCCUGCCCGUUCCAGAACUUGAAAAAACGCUGCACAAAUACAUUGAAACAAUUAAACCCUAUUGUCGCACCAAAGAGCAGCUGGAACAACAAGGAAAACUGUGUGCGGAGUUUGCAGCAAACCAGGGCCCAGAGCUCCAAAAUCGGCUUCAAAAAUUCGCUGGACAAUCCAGAAACUGGCUUUCUCAAUUUUGGGAUAACCAGGCCUAUUUGGAGUACAACGACCCGGUGGUGCCGUACGUGUCGUAUUUUUACGUACACAAACCGCUCCCGAUCUCGCAUAACAAGAUUCAGGCGGAUCCCCUUAUUAAAUCCACGGCGAUCAUCACCACAGUGGUCAAAUUCUUGGAGGCCAUCAAAGAUGAGUCUUUGCCGGCCGACGUUGUAAAAGACCAUCCCUUCUGCAUGAACAGCUUCCACCUCAUGUUCAACAAUGCCCGUAUUCCAGGCCAAGGCAAAGACUCCAACAUUUUCUAUUCUAUUCACGAGCACAAAUUCAUCACAGUGGCCUUACGCGGGAACUUCUACACUCUGCGCACUCAUAAUGACCACGGUGAACCAUUGGGACCAUCCGCGAUCUGGCAGCAACUGUAUGACAUCACAAAUGUAAGUAGUGCUCGCUUUCCGGAAAACACGAGCUCUGGGAUCGGAGUUUUGACAUCACUGCCCAGAAAUGAAUGGCAUCAAUCAUACCAGGAGCUUGAGUCUCAUGCUAUUUCACGCGCGUCUCUUGAAACUAUUCAAAAGUCAUCUUUUGUACUGUGUCUGGAUCUGGACGCCAGCCCUGUAACUCUGGAAGAAAAAUCUCAUUUUGCUUGGCAUGGAAACGGUGUGAAUAGGUUUUUUGACAAACCUUUACAAUUCUUCGUUGCCAAAAAUGGUGUUUCUGCAUUUCUUGCCGAACAUUCUAAAAUGGACGGAACGCCUACACUUCUGUUAAACGACUUUGUGUGUCGUCAUAUUGCAAACAUGGAUCCGGACUCUUUUAUUAAUGAGCUGAGCCGGGCCCCAGAACGCACUUUUUCGGAGCCCUCGCACCUUCCAUUCCUAAUUACACCCUCUAUCAAAGAAAGCAUUGAAAAUGCACAGCGCAAAUUCCUAGCUGUAAUGAGCGAGCACGAUUUGAAGGUAUGGCACUACAACAAGUAUGGUAAAGCCGUCAUCAAGACACUAGGAUUUUCGCCCGAUGCUUUCGUCCAGCAGAUCAUUCAGCUUGGCGUUUAUAAGUACCUGCAUCGUCAGCUACCGACGUAUGAAGCGGCAUCUACCAGGCGUUUUUUUAAGGGACGCACGGAAACAGGUCGCUCUGUUAGUGUCGAAUCAGCUAAAUUCGUUGCUGACUGGGAAGAUCCUAGUGUGACGGAUGAACAGAAACUUGUAAGCCUUCGUGCUUCUGCGACCGCCCAUUCAGCAUACCUCAAAACUGCCUCUGCUGGUCAAGGUGUUGAUCGUCAUUUUUUUGGUUUGAAGAACAUGUUACGUUCGGAUGAGGAGGUACCGGAACUGUUCAAAGACACAUUGUUCAGAUUUUCGUCUACAUGGCUAAUUUCCACAAGUCAGCUAUCUUCCGAAUAUUUUGAAGGCUAUGGAUGGUCGCAAGUUAAUGACAAUGGGUUUGGCCUGGCCUAUAUGCUCAACAAAGACUGGCUUCACAUAAAUAUUGUCAACAAACCGCUUGCAAGUGGAUUAAGUGCUGCCCGGCUGCACUAUUAUUUGGGCCAGGCGGCCGACGAAAUACAUGCUCUGCUGGUAAAGGAACACAAGAUGCGGUCCAAACUCUAA